AGAGAGAACAAAGAAAGCGCUGUGAAAGAUGAUGAUGAGAAGAUCGGGAGGAGGAAUGGGCGGUGGUGAGGUCAUGCGCACUUGGCGGGCAGUCGGCGGCGUCGGUGGCUUGAAUCGAUCGCCGCCGAAGGCAGGCGGCAGGGGCAGGACGGGAUCAGUAGGUGCUUUCGCCUCUUCAUCGUCAUCAUCUUCGUCGUCUCAGACUUCACCCACUUCUCCUCCUCCUCCUCCUCCCCCUGCCCGCCCUGGUUCUAUGGCCGGGUUGCGUUCCUAUCCUUGCUCCACCGAUGAUGAUUGGAAUAUGGUUGAGAAUCUUGAGAAGCAGGGCAAUGAUGGCGGGUUGCAAUUCUAUGAGAAAUACGUUUUUGGGCGUGCUCCAUCCAUUGUUGAGUACAAGGAGGCCAUUUCUGCUUUCAAUGAUAUAUUUCCGUUCAAUAUUUCUCAGGUCACUGAAGAUGGGAGACAAUCAUGGUGUGAGGAUUUAUUGGACAGAGAUUCAUCAGAUGAUGAUUCAACUGACAAGGUUUCUUCAGUUGACAAGGAUUCAGUGGAUAAUGAUUCAAUUCACGAAGGUCCUUCAGACACAUCAGUUUUAGACUGGACUGAACCUACCUUGGAGGUUAAUACCAAUAAUUGUCUUGACAUUGAGAGAAGUCAUAAUGGUUUUGACAUUCAGAGGCAUAUGGGUGUUAUUAAUUUUUUACGUCAAAUAGAGCAAAAUUCAUCUUUGGAGAAGCUCGUUUCUUCAAUAGGAACAGAUAUUGGCGUAUGGCAAGCGGUGAUGAACAAUGAAGUGGUGCAAGAACUUAGGAAAUCAUUGUACGGAGGUGGUGGCAUUAACCCCAAGAGCUCUCCUGAGUGUCAUGAUGCUCACAGUGGUGGUGGUGGUGGAGGUGUAGGGUGGGCUGUCAACACUACCAAGGCAAAGAUUGUGGAGGUGUUUGAACGAAUCAGGAAGCUUCUGGGCAGUCUGUUUCACUCUAAUGAGGCUGGUGAUUCAGAAGCCUUUAAAAGUGCACUUGGACUGCCCAUGAAGAUUGUGGUGAUGUUGUUUAUCAUUGUUGUGGUGCAUCGUGUUCAGAGAUCUUAAGAAUCACUCGCCGACAUGUCAAUUUUCGACAUCUUAGUAGAUCUUGCAAUAGCUAGGGAUCUGCUAACCUAUUUUCAAUUAGUUCUCUUUUAAAUUGAUUGAUAUCUAAGGUGCAAGUUUGAGUAACGGUGACGUGAACAAAUUAAAGCCCCUUUUAUUUAUGCAAUUAAUCCUUUGCUUUAUGCACUAUAAUUACAAGCAUAUGUUUCCAGUUGUCUCUUGCAAUA